AGAUGUAUAGCAGAGCAAAGACUCAAAAAGUUUGAUACCUUUCCCAUCUCUCUUUUUAAAACUUUUUGAUUGGUUUUAAAAUUGGACGCACAGUUUUCAAGACCCUCUCCUGGGCCUAUCUCUACCGAAACACUAUGCAACCUCUCCCACAGCUUCAACACGGGUGUCCGUGUCUCCAUGAGGUUUAAAUAAGAGGGGAGGGUCUGCAGGUUAUAGCUUAAAGCCGCCGCCUUGAAAAAAUCCAGAAAGGCCAUUGCUUUAUUCGACUAAGGUGAAGAGUAAGAAGAAACUUAAGAGACAAACCAAACAGAAUGAAGUAUGUUUUGGUGACAGGAGGAGUGGUGAGUGGACUUGGGAAAGGAGUGACUGCAAGUAGCAUUGGACUUCUCCUUCAAGCCUGUGGCCUUCGUGUUACUUCCAUUAAGAUUGAUCCUUAUCUUAACACUGAUGCUGGGACAAUGUCUCCGUUUGAGCAUGGAGAAGUAUUUGUUCUGGAUGAUGGUGGAGAGGUGGACUUGGACCUUGGAAACUAUGAGCGUUUUUUAGACAGUACAUUGACCCGUGAUAACAACUUAACAACCGGAAAGAUCUACCAGUCAGUCAUUGACAAGGAAAGGAAAGGGGACUACCUUGGAAGAACUGUACAGGUGGUUCCGCAUAUAACUGAUGCAAUCCAAGAGUGGAUUGAGCGUGUUGCUAAUGUUCCCGUGGAUGGAAAGGAAGGUCCUCCUGAUGUCUGUGUCAUUGAACUAGGAGGGACCAUAGGUGAUAUUGAAUCUAUGCCCUUCAUUGAGGCUCUUGGUCAAUUCUUCUAUAAAGUUGGGCCUGGUAAUUUCUGCUUGGUGCAUGUGAGCCUUGUGCCUGUUCUCAGUGUUGUUGGUGAACAGAAGACAAAGCCAACUCAGCAUAGCGUGCGAGGACUCAGGAGCCUUGGUUUGACUCCAAAUAUCCUUGCAUGUCGCAGCACAAAGGCACUUGAAGACAAUGUGAAGACGAAACUAUCUCAGUUUUGCCAUGUUCCGGAAGAGAAUAUUGUAACACUCUAUGACGUUCCAAAUAUCUGGCACGUUCCUUUGCUUCUGAGGGAUCAAAAGGCUCAUGAAGCAAUUUUAAAAGAGUUGAACCUCCUUGGCAAAGCUGUAGAGGCUGACGUGACAGAAUGGACUGCAAGAACUAAAAUCUAUGAUACCCUGCAAGAUCUUGUUAGAAUUGCUAUGGUUGGAAAGUACACUGGCCUUACUGAUUCUUACCUUUCCGUGUUGAAGGCUCUUUUACAUGCCUCUGUUGCAUGUCACAAGAAGCUUGUUGUAGACUGGGUUGCAGCCAGUGACCUUGAAGAGAUUACAGCACAGGAAACGCCAGAUGUCCAUAAAGCUGCAUGGGAUCUUUUGAAGGGUGCUGAUGGUAUUCUAGUACCAGGAGGUUUUGGUGACAGAGGAGUGCAGGGGAAGAUGCUUGCUACAAAGUACGCCCGUGAGAAUCAAGUCCCUUUCCUUGGCAUAUGCCUGGGAAUGCAGCUGGCUGUUGUUGAAUUCGCCCGCUCUAUUCUUGGCUUUGAGGAUGCAAACAGCACAGAGUUUGAACCAGAAACGCCAAGCCCUUGCGUCAUUUUUAUGCCAGAGGGAUCUACAACGCAUAUGGGUGGCACAAUGCGCUUAGGGUCAAGGAGGACUUACUUUCAGGUUCCUGAUUGCAAGUCUGCUAAGUUGUACGGCAAUGCAAAGUUUGUUGUUGAGCGACACAGGCACAGAUAUGAGGUAAAUCCAGAUAUGAUACAAGAAAUUGAGAAUGCUGGGCUCUCAUUUGUUGGGAAGGAUGAGACUGGGCGUCGUAUGGAGAUUGUGGAGCUUCAAAAUCAUCCAUACUUUGUGGGUGUUCAGUUUCAUCCUGAGUUCAAGUCCAGACCUGGAAAACCUUCUGCAUUGUUUCUAGGUCUUAUAGCAGCAGCGUCUGGGUGUCUAGAGGCAGUUCUGCAAGCAAGUGGCAAGGUGAGCAAAGUUUCAACAACUAGAGUGGCCAAUGGAACGACAACGGGGAAAGUUUACCAGAAUGGCAAUGUGUAUAGCAAUGGAAACGGAUUACAUCACUGACUCAAUGAAGAGAAAAUUUUACUGCACUCGCUUUCUUCUUUUUUUUGUUUCCCUUUAAUCAAAAACACUCUGCAUGUAUAGCACCUGAGUUUUGUUUCCUUGUCUUUGAAGACUUUGUUGUUGGUUUUUGGGAUAGACAUGGAUGUCAAAUGUGCUUCAUGUUCUUGUGGUGCUUUUGCCUUUUCAUAGCUUAAAGUAAUAAACAUCUUUAAUCUAA